GCGCGCGCGCUUCCUGCGAACGGACUUCGCGGUGAAUGCGCCCCGGCCUUUAUGACGCGCGCCGCUCACGUUUGAGGAGAACCCCCAGACUUCAGCUUCACUACUGUAGUCCACACAAAGGACGCGCUCGUGCCUUUAUGACGCGUCGAUCCGGAUUCCGGAAUGACACUGUAGAACGCGUCUCUCGAUUCGAAUUCGGCGGGGACGCGGCGGUUCGAGAACCCGCUCUGCGCUGUGAGAGGAAUGGAUACGGGGAUGCGCGUUUCCUGCAGACGGAUAUAAGUUUUGCAUGAUUUAUCACUCGAUCUUCAUUUCCACGUUACGUCAGGGGGGGGUGGGGGGGAAACAAACGGACUGAUUAAACGGACGGACGGACGGGGCCGGGGGGCAACGAUCGCUCGCUUUCAUUGAGGAGAGGAACAUCGAUAUUAUUCGUGCGAGCGUCUUCGUGACUGUCCAUUUAAUUCUGUGGCUGUCUGGUUACUAGCCGUGCUCCCGAAGCCUCUGUUUUCACAAUGCAGUUUAGGACAGUUUUGGAUGUAAAAGUGGUGGAUGUGGAGAAGAGGAGGAAUCCAUCCAAACAUUACGUGUAUCUCAUCAACGUCACAUACUCGGACUCAACGUCCCACGUCAUCUACAGAAGAUACAGUAAAUUCUUUGACCUUCAGAUGCAGAUUCUCGACAAGUUCCCAAUCGAGGGAGGGCAGAAAGAUCCCAAAAAAAGGAUUAUCCCUUUUCUUCCAGGCAAAAUCCUAUUCCGACGAAGUCAUGUGAGAGACGUGGCCAUGAAGAGACUUCGCUUUAUUGACGACUAUUGUAGAGCGCUGGUCCGGCUUCCUCCCCAGAUCUCGCAGAGUGAGGAAGUUCUCCGCUUCUUCGAGACCAAACCAGACGAUAUCAACCCUCCAGUAGAGGAUUAUGGAUCCAAACGCAAGUCAGUUUGGAUGUACGGCCUUCAGGACAGUCCAACCAAGUCUGAGGCCUCAGGACUGGACAGCAGUGAGCCCAUGGUGCUGGAACAGUACGUGGUGGUGGCCAACUACGAGCGGCAGGAAAACUCAGAGAUCAGCCUAAAGGCUGGAGAGACGGUGGACGUAAUCGAGAAGAGCGAAAGCGGCUGGUGGUUUGUCAGCACAGCAGAAGAACAAGGCUGGGUUCCUGCCACGUACUUGGACUCUCAGAGCGGCACCAGAGAUGAUCUGGACCUGGGAACAUCUAGAUCUGGAGAAGUUACUAAGCGACGUAAGGCUCAUCUGAAGAGGCUCGACCGGAGAUGGACACUAGGGGGAAUAGUCAACCGCCAACAGAGUCGAGAGGAGAAAUAUGUCACAGUCCAGGCAUAUACCAGUCAGGGAAAGGAUGAGAUCGGGUUCGAGAAAGGAGUAACCGUGGAGGUCAUCCAGAAGAACCUGGAGGGAUGGUGGUACAUCAGGUAUCAGGGUAAAGAGGGCUGGGCCCCAGCCUCAUACCUGAAGAAACUGAAAGAUGACCUUUCCCCAAGGAAGAAGACUCUGACUGGCCCUGUGGAGAUCAUCGGAAACAUAAUGGAGAUCAGUAACCUCCUCAACAAGAAAGCUGUAAGCGAGAAGGACAUUCAAACUGAUGGAGAGUCCACCAGCCCUGAGCGCCACAUCUCCAAAAGUGAAAUCAGUUUACCUAUCCCAUAUGCCCCAGAGGCUGGAGUGGCACCCACAGUGGUCACUGGUUUGGGAAUGAACUCUGGAUCUAGCGCCGCCCUACAAGAGAACAAGAGCAGGGCAGAGCCGGGGUCACCUGCUAUAGCCCGGGUGGCACCACACAGAGUUGAAAUAGGAUUUGAUGCCAUAGGAUCUCCAAACCUCAGGCAGAAACCUCCUCCUCGAAGAGAUACAAAUCUGGCAUUCCAGUUGCCCAAACCUCCAGAGGCCCCUACUGUGGAAGCGGAGUACUACACCAUCGCAGAGUUUCAAUCCAGUAUUUCAGAUGGUAUCAGCUUCCGUGGAGGACAAAAGGCUGAUGUCAUAGAGAAGAAUUCUAGUGGUUGGUGGUAUGUCCAGAUCGGGGACAUGGAGGGCUGGGCACCCUGCUCCUUUAUUGAUAAACGCAAGAAGCCCAACCUGAGCCGGCGAACCAGCACACUUACCCGCCCUAAAGUUCCACCCCCUGCUCCACCAGUCAAGAAGCAGGACUCUGAGGAAUCACCUUCUCUGGCUGGCUCUGCAUCUAAAGCUCCAGAAUCUCCCACUCAGCGUGUCUACGAGGAGCCGGAAUAUGAUGUUCCUGCCAUGGGUUUUGACUCAGAUCUGGACAGUAAUCAUACAAAACAAAAAAUAAACAACUCCCCAAAACCAGAGCCCCGUAAGUUUGAAAUUAAAAGCAACCCAGCAGCAGCCGAAAGAAUUGCACAAGCUGGCAAAGCAUCGCCUUUACUAAAAGUAAUGACCUCCCCCUUGAGAAAAAGAAACUCACUGGAGGAUGUCAAUAAGGAGGAGGUGAUUUAUGAAAAUGAAGGGUUUAGGUUCUCCUCUGAUGACUUUGCCAGUGGUUGCGAUUUAGAUACACCAAGGAGUCUCACACUGGGUCGUAAACCCUUCGGGUCAUCCUCUGGAGGAGGAAAGCCCCUCCGGAAGGUAACGCCAGAUAUAAGCCGGAGUCACUCUCUUGGCCGUGCUGAGAGACACAAGUCAUCCUUAGAUGAAUCAGGACGUAAUCCCAAAAGAGAGCCUGUCAUGCGAAAAGAUGUGGAAAUCCGGGUUGGCCAAAGUCCCUUAGCCAGGCCCAAACCAGUGGUGCGACCCAAACCUCUACUUUCAAAGUCAGAGCCACAAAGUCCAGAAAGAAUGGACAUCAGCAGCCUGCGCCGCCAGCUUCGGCCCACCGGAAGUCUUCGUCAAGGCCCGAUCCGUGCAGUACGUGGUGAAGAUUCUGAGACUGCUUCUGUUGUGUCCUCUGAGGAUUCCAUGUCGUCAAGAAGCACCUCCGAUCUCUCCAGCGUCUAUUCCAAAGGUAGCCGAGGUGGGGAAUCCGACCAUGAAAGUGUGCUCUACAGGACCACAGAUGCUUACGAACGGGCACAAGAGUCUGAAGUCAGCUUCCCAGCUGGUGUAGAGGUUGAGGUACUGGAGAAGCAGGAAAGUGGAUGGUGGUAUGUUCGCUGGGGAGAUGAUGAGGGAUGGGCACCUACUUUCUACUUAGAGCCAGUCAAGCAUACCCAAAAUCUUGGUGUACAAGAUGGCCCUCUUGUUGAUCUUGGUACUACCAACAAGUCCAACAGCCUCGAGAAAAAUGAGCAGCGUGUUCAGGCCCUUAACAACCUAAACCAGCAGAACCUGAGGAGUAUAAGCAACCCUAGUCCACCUAUCCCAUCCAAACCACCGGGGGGUUUUAGCAAACCAACCGCAAUGCUGAACGGUUCCGGCGUGCGGAUGAGGAACGGUGUCCGUCAAGCAGCAGUGCGACCGCAGUCAGUGUUUGUAUCUCCACCACAGCCUCUGAAGGACACCAAUAUCCAUACAGGGUCUUUAAGAAGAAAUGAAUCACUGGGUGCAGGCGACCACUUGAGGUCCACAGGCGGCGUAGGGCGAAACUCCUCCUUCACUGCUGUUCGACCGCAGGUGGUGACUGAUGUACGGGUCAGGUCUGGGACCACCAUUACAGCACCCGCGGGAAGUUCAAGUCCCUUGAUUGCCCAGAGAAAUGGAAUUCCAGUCUCUACUGUAAGACCAAAGCCCAUCGAGAAGACACACCUCAUUCACAACAACCUUCGAGAGGUUUACGUAUCUAUCGCUGACUACCGUGGCGAUGAAGAGACCAUGGGUUUCUCGGAGGGCACUAGUCUUGAAGUUCUGGAGAAGAAUCCAAACGGAUGGUGGUACUGCCAGGUUCUCGAUGGCUUACAGGGACGUAAAGGCUGGGUACCGUCUAACUACCUGGAGAGAAAAAAGUAAUUCCCCAAAAAUGUUUUAAACAUGCACAAUUGUAAUCAAAAUGUAAAAGGACGAACUGACUGAAGGACUUUUGGUUUGAAACGAGAGGGACAGAGCCUUUUAGAAAGGAGUUUACAUUAAAACGCAAGUAAUGCAGGUGAAUGUUUAGCAAAAUACCUGCCGUAACUUUAUGCCAAAUGGGUGCCUUCGUACAUCUUUCACUGAAUGUUAAGAGGAAUCGGUCAAAUACCAGUGAAGCAACUAAAAUACCAAACUUCAACUUAGUGCCAUAGGCCUACAAGUACAGAAAGCAACAAACCUAUUUUUGUUACAACAAAUACCUGAGAGAAAGAUCAUCAUAGGUGCAUAACCAAAAGUGCAAAUCCAAUCUUAAGCACUUGAAAACAAGAAAUUCCUGUUUCAAAAUCUUUGAACAAAAAAAACCAACAUCAAAUGUUAUCUUAGCAUUGAGUGCGCUCGAAGAAAAAAAGCAUAACUUUGAUUGUCGUUUUUUAAAAAACUAUCCUUUUUUUAUUGUUUUGUGUAGAUGUUUGUGUUAUAUCUUCCUUAGAGAUGUAUUUCUGCUUUCUUGUAACAUCCUAACACAUCAAAAAAGUUCACAGAGUCAUAUCCUGUCUUGAUUAGUUGCAGGUCGUUAUUGUUUAAGUCACUUUUGUUUUCCCCGUUCUUUAAAUAUGCACAGGCCAAAACGAAUAAAACAUGUUAAAUGAAAAUAGUCUGUGAAAGCUACAUGCAUGGAUCACCUCAUGCCCACUUAACUAUUGGGUUUAAACCCGCGUUUAGUUUACAAAAUGCAUUCGUUUAUAUUAGGAGGGUAGACAGCUUCAGAGGACAGGACUUUAGAUAUUGCUGCUGCGUGUGUGAUGCAUCUGUUCAUUCAAGAAAUCAGGACUGGAAAAUCUUUUGUUUUAUUUAGCAUAACGUUGACAUAACGUUGAGCCCAAAAUGUGAUCACACCAAAGAAGAAUUACAGACACAUUUGCUAGUUGUUUUAGAGUUAGUAUUUAUUUUAUGGGUACAAAUAAAUAAAGUGUAUUCAGCAAAGCCUAAACGAGGUUUCAGAACUGAGAACAAAGAAUAUUUAAUUGUUAUAUCUGGAAGCACUUGAUUUUUUUAAAACCCAAAGAAAAGCACAUUAAUAUGCAAGGAUAAUUUUUACAUUACGAUAUUGCUGGGCAGUAUUGAAUCUGAAGUUAUACAAUAAGCAGUUUAAACUACUAUCAUAGUGUUUAAUUUUCAACGAAGAUAUGAAAAUAAAUUCACAAACUUUAUCUUAGUCCAUAGUCCAAUCUCUAAUUCUCUUCUUUAUACAUGUCUGAGCUCAGAAUUAUUACUUCCCCCUUAUUCAUUUAAAUAAUAUUCACUAACAGCAUCAAACAACUGAUGUUCAAGACUGCUGAAAUAUUUUUCUAAUGAAUAGUGUGAGCUCUUUAACGAGUUUAACACUACUUUUAUUUGAUUUAGUUUUCUGCUGGACAGUAUUUUAGUGUUAAACAGUUAAAACAUUAAUUACCUGCUAGAUUGCAGUUAUAUUCUAUUAAGCAGAAAAAUUGUUUAUUUUGUCUUGUUUGUUGGUUGUUGUGUGAUCACACAUGGACAAUAAUGAUGAAUGAAGUCGUUCAUUUGUUGUGAAUCAAUGCAUUUGAGCUUUUUCUUGGAUGCACUGGUUUUAAAGAUGCAGUGCGCUUCAUCAGCAUAUAAUUUAUUUUUAUUUGUAUUUAUAAUUUAUAACAUUUUUAAUGCUGUUUUUAGAAGAUGCCAUUUUAUUGUCAUUUGACACUCUCUUUAAAACUUGAAAUUCUUGUUAGUUCUGUAGUAAUUGGCCACUGCUAUAUUCUGAGAUGGAUGAUUUUUUUUUUGUCUGUUAUGUAGGCCUCUGUUAAUUAGGCAGAUUAAUAAUCUCCUACCGUCUUAAAAUUGGAAGCAGAUUUUUAAAACAAUUUAUGUUAAUAUUUUAUAUUGAAUAUUUUUUUCUCAUUAUGUGAACGCUUUCACAUGAUUUUGUAAAAUCAGAAAUGCAUUUUCAACCAGGCUGAUUGCUGCACCUUUAGCAACUAUGGACACUUCCUUUCUCGUUAUUGAUCCACAUAUAAUGCCAGAUUAUUUAAACAAAACAAUAUCUUUUUUCAUCCUAUCACUACCAGAUUUUUGUUUCUUUUUUAAAUUGACGUGACAAAAAAUCUGAACGACAUUCAGCCAAUCGAUCCUAUUUAAAAGCCAGCAGUGAAAUGGGAACGAUCGAUGACGUAACAUUUUAUAAUAAAAACAGCAGGGCUCUGUAGUUAUAUAGCAUACGUGGAUCCCUAAUUGUGACUGGACCAAAUUUGAUUUAAAUGUGUUUCGUUAAAAUGUUAUCAUUAAAAAAAAAACAAAAAAACAAACGAAAAAAAACAGCAAUAAUGGGAUUUUGAAGUUGUAAUUUGGGUGAUUUUGUUUUUAACUUUGAAAAUGAAAAUCAAGCCAUUGCACUCAAUUGCAACUCUCUUUUUGACGAUGGCAUUAUAGAAAUGUGUCGAUUCACUACAGCGCAGCGCUUGUGAUGGAUGUCGCUAAGCUCCAUUAACACUUUGCUUUUUCUUCAUUUGCGCCUAUACAAUUUACAAGGGAACUGUUAAGUGUCAAACUAGUUCUUAUAUUACUUGUGUAUCUGCUAGCUUUGUUUUAUGUGUUCUUUAUUUAUUUAAAUCUUAAUGCUUUUUUUCAGGAACGGUAUUGUGUUUUACUGGGUUUUUUUAUCUUUCUUUCUCCUGUUCACUUUUGACAUUACUCAGAUGGAAUGAGGAAAUGUGCAAUACAAAAACAGGCAUCUCACCAGUUAAGAACCACAGCAUUGGAGAAAUCUUUGUUUUUACUUAUAAUUCUGGCAAUUUUACGUCGAACAAUGCCUGGUUUUGUCCCAUGGUUUUGUUUUUAAGUCAAAAUAUAUCAGUGUGUGUUCAAAUAUGUUAUGCUGAAUGUUAAAAUGCCCUGAUGGAUACCUUCAGUCUGCCGGAUUUCUGCAUUCAUACUUUUUACCUACUGAACCGCGUCUUGCUUUAAGGGGUUUAGUGACCUCACAGACCCAUGGUGAAUCAGUAUGGAAAUAAUAGGGAAGCAUGGGCAUAUCUAAUUCUCUGAGGCAUUUAACAGAUCAGCCUGUCAAAUUACAAAUUUGAGAUGGUGGGGCAAAUCUAUCAGCAGCUAAAUGAGCGCUGCACCACACACUGCCAACUUCUCUACAUCCGCCCCCCUACAUUCCUCUGUUACCAUGGCAAACUCCAUCCUAAAUUCCAAUCGACUUACUGUAUCAUUGACAGGUUUCUUUUUCCCUUUUGUUUAAUCUACUAACAAGUUCGUGUUUAGCUUUAGGUUUAUUUCCGAAAAUCCAGGUUUAACUUUCGACACAUCACAAUAACGUGGGCUGCAUAUAUUUGCUUCUCUUUCUGUCUGAAUUCAUUAUUAUGCGAGUUUACAAUGCCUUUGGCAAUUGGAAUUGCUUUUACUGAGAGUUUGAACAGAAGAACAGAGAAUUCGACUUUGGUUGAAAAUGAGGAGGGUUAUGAGUGACUGUCUUUGAGUUUUUGGUCAAGAGAAGCUUUUUUAUGAGCGCUGAAAUACCUUCACCGUUAAACAGUCCAUCUCAGAUUGCUAUAAUCACAUUAAGAUUUGUGAUUAUGUGGGGGGAUGUAUGAGAUGCACUUACGGGAAUGUCCCAGGUUCUGUGGCAUGGUGUUGGAAAUCAUUUUAGCCAACUGCUCUAUUGAGAAAAUGUACUAUUUAGUGAGAUGUAGUGAGUUCAAAUCCAAAGAUCCAUGAAUUUGCAUGAUGCAGUUCAUACAGAAACAUACAAUUUUAAGAAAAAAGUUAGCAAGAAGGUCCACCUUCAUAUAUUCUGAAGUCUGUAGAAUAUAUGAAAGACGUGAUACAGUACAUUCGUUUUUAUGAAUCUCCAUCUUUAGGAAUUCAAAGAUGUAGUGAUUCGUUCAGAAACACAUUUAUUUAGGCAAAUCAUAGUUGGAAGGUCCACCUUCGUGAAUCCGAAGGUUAAUGUAUCUGUGAUUCCUACUGAAUUUUUUUAAUUUUAGAAAACUAUGAAAAUCCACUUAACUGUCAGUGUGGUGUAACCAGAUUGCACUGUAAUGUUUCACGAGAAACGAUUAUCCAUUACGAGCUGCGAGAACGUGUUGGUUUUCAAAGUAUAGAACACUUGGUGUUGAACCUGGAACAUCCCUUAAGUUCCUGAAUCGAAAUAGAAGAAUGUUACUUUUACGGAAAAAAGAAAGCGGGUGUAUUUGUCCUGUUUGUUUGGUUUGUCCUGUGGUGGUUUGUGUACGGGGGUUUUUAAACGGUGGAAAGGGAAGGUGAACAGAGGGAAUGCAUGUUUAUGAUGUUUGGUUAGAAGAGAAUCCAGUCAGGUGAGGUUAGACAUGAUUAAACCGCUCUAACGGACUUGAAGAAAAAGUGGAAAGAAAAAGCAAAGCUUUUUACGAUAAUUAGCACUUCAGAAAAGCUUCCCGCUAGCAGCAGCUCAUUAUGAUGUCACGGUAGCACUGCAUUGUCAUAACAGCACUAGCGAGGCGUAGCGUUCUAGAAACACACUACUUAUUUUUGCUGGGAAACUGACUGCAACUUAAUUCAAGUGAGCAGCCUCGUCUCCAAAGGCCAUUGUUUCUCAAAACACGCCUCAGUGCUCGAGUACACAUGCUGAGGUUUAAAAAACUUGCAAACGGAUAUAUCCGCCCCAGCUCGCCGCUGCCGCAGACCUCUUUAUAACAAUUAAAAAGUUGCUGACAGAAUGUGUAAAAGAAUAGGACUUCGUCUCCAGCUCACCCACUGCGGUGUCAGGAGUACAGGCGCGCUGUGAAAUCACAUUACCCGAGUGCUCGGUUAAUUACAGAUGCUUGAGAAGAGCGCCGUGAAUACAAAUGUCACACUGAUUGUGGAUGUCGAGCUGCCGGGGGCUCGGAUCAGAUGCCGAGAUAGAUUGAUCGUGUCUCUAAUGGCUCACAGCAUGUCGAGAUGUAUUAACAUCAUCAAGAGGAAUCAUUUGAGCUUCCUGCGUCAGCGAGCGGCUUGAUUUACUGAGGCGUCUAUAUAUGUCGUGUUGGCGUGCAACAAAAGUUGUAAGAAUGUACGUGAUCGAUUGCUCGGGAAACCUGGGAGUUUUAAAAUUGUGGGUUUCGAGCCUGGAAAAGCCAUGGAUGAAAACAUAUUUAAUUGCUGAGAAACUGAUGGAACAGGAAGUCACAGGAAGCGCCCUGUGACUAGUUAUAUUUCUGCUAAAACGUUUGACGCAUUUCAUCAAUAAUUUGACUAAUGUUUCAUGCGACCGUACCUGGGUAGUAAGGAAGUAGGCCUGUUUUAGGCAUGGAUCGUGGUGGGAAGUGUUGAAUGUGCGCUAGCUGUGAUGUAUGAUGUGCUUGAAAGGAGUUUGGUAGGUUUUAUUUAGAUUUUUCUGUGUUAAUUAGCGUUUUUGAUCAGAUGCAUCAGUGUUUGGUGUGAGGUGGCAGCCGGGUGUGCGAACAAGUGCAGAAAGGGAACAUGCUGCAGCGGUCUAAUCUCUUGCUGUUUUCUGUCCCUGUCUCUGCUCGGCUGUCUGCACUAAUUACCAUUCUUCUGCUCUUAAUUAACAGUCAUGAAAAAAAAAAACAGCAUGUGGGGCCAGCAACGUCUUGCUUAAAAGAAUGUUUUGAUGAGCGUCACUCUGAAAUUUACAUUUACUGAGGAUUGCUUUCAUCAUUCACCCACUUAACAGUCUGCUAAUAAGUUUUUUUUUUUUUCUAAAUCUGAUCUUAUACAUAUACAGUCUUUCAGGAAAUACUUUUUUAAAAAAAGUUCUCCUCAAGUGAUUUUUCAAACAAAGUUGAAUUCUCAGACAAGGAAUUGAAAAUGCCUACUAAAUAAUAUGCCACAAUGUUUCUCUGUUACAGACCAUUGGAUGUAAGGAAUGUUUGGCUAGAUAUUUGCAAAACCCUCUUGUCGAACGAUAUAUUAAAAAGUGUGCUCUUGGACAUAUUGAGAAAAGGCCUUGCAUUGAUAUUCUUCAGCGCUCAGCCAAAUCUACAUUUUGUAUGCAUUUCUUUUAAAGAUCUAAAGGUCUACAGCUUCAGCUUUUGAUUUUCAGCAUUUUUUUUUUUACUUUAUUUUGUUUUUGUACCUUUAUGUUUACAUUGUAUCUUGCAUUGCUCUAAAGGAAAACACAAUAAAAUGUAUCCUCCUUGUUCUUAUAA